CUUAUCAUUUUUCUACUAGUCCAGUUACUGAUAUAAGAAGCUCGAGUAAACAGUUUGCAACGGCUCACCUGAUUUUCCUCAGUUUAGUUGAAGUCGUUGAAGAAUGGAUAAUAUCGAGACGGUGUAUCAUGCAAUUGCGGUACUAAAUGGGUCUGACAGUACUGCGUGCAGCAAAGCUAGCAUCUGGCUUGGAGAAUUUCAAAAAUCCGUAUAUUCGUGGUCCAUUUGUGAUCGUAUAUUAUCUGAACAUCGAGAUUCGACAACCAGUUACUUUGCUGCUCAAACGAUGAGGCAAAAAUUGUUGCACUCUAUGAAGGAAUUGCCAUCUUCUUCAUACUUAUCAUUGAGGGAUUCGCUAAUCAAUCAUUUGAGGAGCUAUGAAUCUUAUCCACUUGAAAGGAAUUCAGUAAUCAUAACACAGCUCUGCCUUGCGCUCUCCGAUCUUUAUUUACAAGUGCCGGAAUGGACUAAUUUUGUUGCGGAAAUCCUUGAAAGGUUUGGGACACCUGACAAAACACCUGUUUUACUUACUUUUUUGAAAACUCUGCCAGAAGAGGUGCAAAGCACACAUCUGAGGAUUGGUGAGAAUCGACGCCGUGCAGUUAACACCGAACUGGCUCAGAAGACACAGGCAGUCAUUCAUUUUCUAAGUCAAGUUUGUGUUUUUAAUGGUAAUGACGAUGCAAUCCUGAAAAGAGUUCUAAGCUGCUUCAGCUCCUGGUUGCUAAAUCCGCUGAUUCCAACUGACGAUAUUGCAACAAGUGACCUGCUCAAAUAUGUUUUCUCACUUCUGCAGAAUCCAAAUUCGCCUCAUUCAUUGCACGAUUCGGCUUGUGAAUGUAUUGUAUCAGCGUUAUAUCGUGCUGAAGAUACCAAUGUUAAUCGUGCUCUAGCUGUAGCUUUGCAAACCGCUUGCUAUGGGAUGACGGACAGCUUUUCAAUGGCAGUUGCUAACGAUGAUUUUGAUAGAUUGCAAGGAUAUGCACGGGUGUUUUGUGAAUUAAGUGAAUCACUCCUAGAAUGUAUGAUCCAAGAGCCAGGAGAAGGCCUUGGUGAUUUCCGAAGCAUCGAACUGCUCCUUCUCCUGGCUGGUUAUCACGAUUAUAAUCUUGUGGAAAUGACAUUCAAUAUCUGGUACCGCCUUUCUGAAUAUCUCUAUGAAAGAAACGACGAUGAGUUGAAUGCUCAAUUCAAACCGUACAUUGAAAGGUAUAUUAUGGCACUCUACAAACACUGUCGCUUUGACACCGAUCAGGAAGAUAUUCCGGAUGAGAAUGAUGAUUUCGUUGAAUUUCGCGGUCAAGUUUCCGACACACUCAAGGACGUUGUUUUUAUCGUCGGAACUGAUCGAUGCAUCCAAAGUAUGUUCUCAAUACUGCAGUCGGUUUCAUCAGGUUCUUGGGAUGAAUCGGAAGCUGCUUUGUAUAUCAUUUCAGUGAUCGUACAUAACGUUCUUCCAACGGAAGAAACAGUGGUUCCUCUUUUGGUUCAUGCUGUUCUGGUUAUGCCGGUUACAUCUCACCCGAUACUGACUAAUACCUCUAUUAAAUUGCUUGGGAAUUUAAUUGAUUGGUUGCAUGAAAAUGGACAAUAUCAAGAACCGUGUGUUACUUGGUUGCUGGAUAAAGUACAAAAGCCGUGCUUUGUUCGUGCUGCUUCCGAAUCUCUUUAUGGAAUCUGUGAAAAAUGCGAAAGCAGUUGUUUGGAGCAUUUUGAAUCUAUAUUUGCCAUCAUUCCAUUCCUAGAAACUGGUGAAAACAGAGGACAGCAGCUGGAAAAUUCCAUCCUCUUACUUCUUCAAGCCUGUUCUUCAAUGCUGAAUGGUUUACCAGGAGAAGAAACUGCAACUCGAUUAAGACACUUGAUUGGACCCCAAAUGACACGUUUGGCCGCACUCCUUAAAUCAAAGGCAGAUAUAUUAGCUAGCGAAUCACAAGACAGCAACGAAAACGCAUCAGAUUCAUGGUAUCUUUUGAGUCGUGAUCCAGUUUUAUGGGUCGAUAGAAUAGCAGCAAUCUUUCGACAUGUUCAGCCCUGGACGCACCAAGCAUGCAAUCCGAAAAAUACCGUUCAAAAUGGAAGCUCCGCAAAUACAAACGAUAAUGUCCCGACAUUAUGGAUUGCAACCGUGGAAGAAGUUUGGCCAUUAGUUUUGGAAACUUGCAGAAAAUAUGAAAAGAAUACUCGAGUCGUUGAGCAUUGCUGUCGUGCGAUACGAUUUAUGAUACGCUUUCUUGAAGUCCAUUCUAUUACUUUUAUUGAAUCCCUUGUUGAACAGAUGGUUGAUAUAUAUAAUCGUCACCCUCAUUCAUGCUUCCUGUAUUUGGCCAGUAUUUUAGUUGACGAAUAUGGUCAUUUGGAUAACUGUCGAUCCGGAUUAGUUCAUAUGCUUAACAUUUUAUGUAACGAUUCGUUCAAACUCCUGCAAGAACAAAAUGGUUUUCGCAACCACCCAGAUACAAUUGAUGAUAUGUUUAGAUUGGCUAUUAGGUUCGUGCAGCGUGCACCGUCAGUAUUUUUCCAAGAACCAAUGAGCUCGCAGUUGUUUGAAUGUGGACUUGUCGGUCUGGAUGUUGAUCAUGUUGAUGCAAACAGAUCAGUUACUAAGUUCUUUUCCGAAUGUAUUACAUCGUUACUUAUCGCAAGAAAGUCCAAUUAUCGAGAUGCAGGUGUAGAAGGAGCUGAACAGCUUUUUGUAAAAUACGGUGAAAGACUGAUUAGUGGAUCUCUUCAAGCGGCUGUGUUCAACGUGUCGGGUACUUUAAAGCGCGAUAUGGCUGAAAUUAUCUAUUUAAUUGGUAAACUGUCAAAGGAGCAAUUAUCUGUCUGGUUGAAAGCAACACUGGCGAAAUUUCCUUACAAUGAGGGUCUUUGUGCAACAGUAGAACAACUGGAAUGGUUCCACAAAAAUGUGCUGGAAUCAACCGACUUGCGACAAGUGCAUUCUCAGAUUCGUGAUUUAAUUCGACUCUAUAUGUGA